AGUUACUUCGGUUGACGCCUCGACGAACGUAUUGUUUGUUUUCGGCUUAUAUUAUCUGCGCAAAACAAAUUUGGCGAAUUUUGUGUGUUUCUAAGGAAAUAAAUCACCAAAAAUGGCAAUCGGGGGCGGAAUGUCUUGUGUGAAGUAUCUACUUUUUUGCUUCAACCUUCUUUUUGCGAUCACGGGUCUGAUCAUCCUGAUCGUGGGUGCGAAAGCGGAGUAUAGCGCGCAUCCCUACAUCGACCUGACCGAUGAGGCGUUCUACACAUCGGCACCAAUGGUGCUGAUUAUCAUCGGUAUCAUUGUAUUCAUCGUUGCGUUCUUCGGCUGCUGCGGUGCUGUGAAGGAGAACCAUUGCAUGAUUGUUACUUUCUCGGUGCUACUGCUGAUAAUCUUCGUGGCUGAACUGGCUGUUGGCAUCGCGGGAUAUGUGAAGCGCGGCGAUCUCGAGGCCUCCAUCGAGCGCCACCUCAACGAAAGCAUGCCCAAGUACGGCACUGACACGGAUAUCACCAGGACCUUCGACAUUCUUCAGACCGACCUGAAAUGCUGCGGUAUCAACGGCCCCGAGGACUGGGAAAAGAUGGGCAUGAAAGUAGCGUCGUCAUGCUGCGCAGAAAUAAUGGCUGACACGCCAGUUACGUGCUCCUCCACCUCUCCGAAUGUUCACCACGUGGGCUGCGUACCGCGCCUUGUCGCAUUCCUCAAGAGCAUUGCAUUCUGGCUUGGAGGUGUUGGACUGGGCAUCGCUAUUGUGCAGUUCUUGGGCGUCGUGUUUGCUUGCUGCCUCGCCCGCUCCAUCCGCAGUCAGUACGAAACUGUUUAAGGUCUCUACAUAGAUUUCUAUCUCACGGGUUUUACUCGAUACAUUUUUUGACUAAGAUCAUAAAAUAUUCUAUAAUAUGGCGAAUUACUUCUACGGAGAAUGACCAACAACAAAGAAUUCUGUCAGAUAAAAUCUAGUACAUACGGUAAAGGGGUUACCGUCUUGUUACCGGAGUCGUCAUGUCGAGUAAAACCGUUUUAUGCAAAAAGGAACUUGAAAAUAAGUUUCAGUAGCUAUAUACAUUUCGUAAAUUAUUGUGAUCGAAUAUAUAAUUAUUAUUAUUAUUAUUAUUAUAUAAGUCUGUGUCCAUACAUAAUUUAUUUUUAGAGAAAUUAAUUUUCGUUACAUACUGCAAAUAUUUAUUUUAAGUUUUUUAUUAAUAUUAAGCGUCAAAUGUUGCUUUUGAUGUUGUUUUACAAAAACCUCGAAUAUAAAAUAUCUCCUCUUCGGUGUUAAAGGUUUUCAUUACCCAAGUUCGUGCUAUAACAUCGGACUUGUAUACAAAUACAUUUUGAUAUUUCCAGUAGUUAAAUUUAGUUAUUUACAUAACUUUUAAUUAAUAAGAUCACCUCUCAAGAUGGACUAUCAUUAUUUUGGCUUUGAAAGGCAAAUGUCGAUCAUUCUGAUACCUGUUCUUAGAGACAAGCAGAGGCUGUAUGACUUUUUUUUUAUAUCCUCUAGCUUAUGAUCUUUUCUUCGUGUGGUUUUAGUGAAGUUAUGAUCUUACCAAAACAUAUUAAAGUGAGGUCAGAAUGACAUAAAGGUUGAACACCACUGGCUAGCACCAUGCCCAUAAAACUACGCGACCCAAGCGAGGAUGGAAAAAAGUUUUGAACACAAAAUUGUCAUCAAAUUGCUUUGUGGUUAACUCGCAGCGAAAAUGUUACAAAAUAUCAAUUUCUAGGAGUAAUCAGCAAUACAGUCCCGUGGGCGCGGUACUGACGACGAGUGUGAGGUGACCCUUAAUAUUAGGAGUGUACAGCACAGCCCAUAAUCUCUCUUCACGUGUGCUCAGUUUAGAAGACUGAUUUUUCAAUUAGAAAUGGUGAAUGCCAAAUACAAUCUCA